AUGAUGCCACAAUUUUACAUAUUUGCUGCUAUGAGCAUUGCACUAUGCGGCACUUUYGCCAGUGCUGACRUCUCAUCGCUGAGCUACAAUCGCUUYGGACGUUUAACUACACGCCUACARCGUCAAGAACUCAKUCCGGCACCUUACCCCGCCGCAGGUUAUCGACCACGCCAACCUUUCGAAUUUCCCACACCCGACAAACAACARUUCUYUCCAAAUGGAGGGGAAGGCGAGAGACCACAUUCUUUCGCGCAAUCACAACCACGUCCACAAGAUCAACCACAGUUCCAACCUGAUGCGCAGAAYGAACCUCAACCUCAGCCGCAACCUCAACCGGAACCACUACCSCAAUCUCAACCYGAGCCGCUACCACCUCAACCAGAAGUUAGUGGUUUCGAUUUGGAUGCUACACCGAGUCUAGGCUCCAAUGGCGAUCACAUCGACGCACCGAAUACAUUGUAUGAUGCGCCCUCGCGUUUCCGUGCGGCUCAAGCAAGUCGCCAGCRUUUCUCUUUCUCUCGUCAACAAUUUUCCGCGGCAACAGCACAGCAAUCACGUCCACAACGGAACUCCCGACAAAACUUUGAACCCACAGCACCAGCGCGUCUGUAUGGCGCACCCGCUGAUAACUCUGUAGCCUACACGCGCCAGCGUCAGCAGUUUGCCRUCGCACAAGCGCCUCAACGCGCUUACGAACCACCAGCAGCUGCAGAGGAACCGCAAGCCGAGCGUCUUACUAGUGCUGUGAAAUCAGAACAUCUCACCGCCGAACAACCCGAGCAGCAACGCGAGGAACGUGAAGAAGAAGCUGAGGUCGCUACAGAUAUUGAAGUAACCGAAGUUAAGAAGACCACACCAGCGGCGGCCGCUCCUACACCCGCCACUAAUGUAUUCUAUUAUCCAGCUACCGCAGUUGGUUUCGUACAUCCUCUCACUGCCGCCUACUAUCAGCCAACAACGUUUCUAGCGGCCGCUGCUGCAGCACCAGCGCCAGCUCCUACACCAGCUGUAGCGGCCACAGCUAAACCUGCUAGCCAGGAGAUGUCUGCCGCCGCGCCUGCUGAAGCUAACGCGAAACCCGCUCAAUUAUCCGCAUUGGCUGCACAAACUGCCGCUCCUGCCGUUGCAACUCUCGCCACGCCACAGUACUUUGUCGCUUCCCCGUAYCUGCAACAAUAUGCCAUUGCGGCUCCUGCUCAACUGCAGGCGUGGUAG